AUUUUCCACUGAAAUAAUAGAUAGAAUCUUCUUCGUACACACACACACAGGCAAAAAAAAAAAAAAAAAAAAGACUCUGCAACAUACCCAGCACUCGCUUAACCAAACUAUCCUCCAAUUGAUACAAAUGGAUUUCUAUUCCAUGCCCAUCUGAAAUUCCCUCAACUGAAUCACUCACCAUCACCAUUACUAUGGUGUCCAAAUGUCUCAGCUUCCAUCCUCAUCCUUAUGCCCACCUUUCCUUUCCUUUUUCCACUUCCAAUAAUCCAAAGCCUUCUCUCUUUCCCACCUCUCUUUCAUUCUCAGCCACAAAAUCAACCAAAGCCCCAUUCCCACGUCCCAAACCUCUUCUACUCAGAAGAAGGUGUUCUAUUUUCUCUCCCAUGGCAGCGACCAACACCCCAGCUGAUCUCCAACCCCAUGAUGGCUUCGAUCCCGAUCCGACCCUCAUCAACGAUGACCUCAAGCCAACGACACCAUCUCAGAGGUCGUUUUCAGGUUGGGAAAUGGCUAGCCUUUGGGUGGGUCUUGUUGUUGGGGUUCCAUCUUAUUACCUUGCAGGUAGUCUUGUGGACCUUGGCAUGGCUUGGUGGCAAGGAAUCGCCACGGUGGUUGCUGCCAAUAUCAUCCUUUUACUCCCACUGGUCCUUACUGGUCACCCUGGUACUCGCUAUGGCAUCUCUUUCCCAGUCCUUGCUCGUUCCUCUUUCGGUAUCCGUGGUGCUCAUAUUCCUACUCUACUCAGAGCUCUUGUGGGUUGUGGUUGGUAUGGGAUCGAAACCUGGAUUUGUGGUGACGCUAUUUUCCUUCUUUUACCAAAAGUCAUCAAAGAAUCUUCCAUGUCUAAGUCCCUACCUUGGCUUGGCGCUUCGCCUCUUGAAUUUGCUUGUUUUAUGGUGUUUUGGGUUGCCCAAUUGUCCUUUGUUUGGAAAGGUAUGGAUGGGAUUCGUGUGCUUGAAAAAUACUCUGCUCCUAUUCUGAUCCUACUCACUUCCUCCCUUGUCAUUUGGGCCUAUGUGCAAGCUGGUGGUUUUAGCCAUAUGCUUUCCUUAUCUUCUAGGCUCUCUUCCUCUGAGUUUUGGUCUCUCUUUUUCCCUUCCCUCACUGCAAAUAUAAGCUUCUGGGCUCCCGUUGCGCUAAAUAUACCUGAUUUCACUCGCUAUGCAAAGAGCCAAAAAGAUCAGAUUAUAGGUCAAGCAGGGCUUCCAAUUUUUAUGGGGGUUUUUACCUUCGUAGGAUUAGCCGUGACUUCUUCGACAAAAGUCAUUUUUGGGCGUGUAAUUUCCAACCCAAUUCAGCUUCUUGGGCAAAUUGGAGGGUUGUCAACAAUAAUUUUAUCGAUCUUUGGGAUCAGCCUUGCCACAAUUACAACCAACGUUGCUGCAAAUGUUGUGGCCCCUGCAAAUGCUCUUGUCAAUCUGAGCCCUUCAAUGUUCACCUUUAGGAGAGGAGCUCUUUUAACAGCUUUGCUUGGGAUCGCAUUUCAGCCAUGGAGACUUCUUCAAUCAAGUGAAAGCUUUGUUUAUACUUGGCUAGUUGGAUAUUCUGCUUUAUUGGGUCCAAUUGGAGGCAUAGUUUUAGCGGAUUACUAUCUUGUUCAGCAAACAAACUUGGGUAUAAAGGAUUUGUACUCUCUCAGCCCUUAUGGUGCUUACUAUUAUACAGGAGGCUAUAAUUUAGCUGCAAUGGCAUCUCUGGUCUUUGGGAUUUUGGCUGUGAUUCCUGGGUUUUUGCACAAAGUUGGAAUUCUUUCUACAGUUCCUGAUGCAUUUGUGGUUAUCUAUAACAAUGCUUGGUUUUUCAGCUUCUUCUCUGCAGGCUUUCUCUAUUGGCUACUGUCAAGUUUGACAAGGAAAAAGAACUUGGUUAAUGCAGACCCUCUCUUGCCCACAGAAAAUUGAAGUUUUUGUCGCCAUUUUAUCAGCACAACACAAAUAAAUUAUAUCACUUUCUAUGCAGUUUGAAAAGAAGAAUUGCUCAAUACACCUUUUGUAAUUUUCAAAUCUGGAAUUUCUCUUAUAGUGAAUACGAUUUUUGAUUUACGAGGUUGAAAAA